AUGCUCCACGAAAUCCUCCUCUCCCUCUCCGGUCAGCCGUCACCCCUCUUCGCAUCUUUCGAAAAAGAGUCGAGCUCUCAAAAUGAUUUCCCCCUUUUAUCUCCUCCGGAAAAAGCCCUCCUCGGAUCAGUUGGGCAUCUAAGUCAGCUUCAUGCUCAACUACGCGAACGCACAUCUCGAAUAUCCUCUUCUCAUGCUUCCAUUAUAUGCCGCUCCGUUUCAACGACCAUAGUGACGGUUCAUCUUGGAGAAUUUCAAAAGAAGAUACUAGAGGUUGAGAGAGCGAUUCUCUCUGAAGACAGUUUAUAUGUCGGUGGUUACGGAAUCGUCCCAUUAUCGACGAUAGUGGGGGAAUUCGCGCCAUGGACUCGGCGCAUGGAAUGGUUAUGGGAGGUGGUUCAAUUUAUCGACCCGGAAACCAAAGACACAGGGCGUUCUCGAGCCUGUACGGGUGCGGCACUCAUUAAUUACCUGCGAUCCGAACUCCAGAUAGGUUACGCAGACAUUAAAAAAAUGGGAGUACAACUUGUGACUGCGGCGGAGACAGCGUGGAUGAAACAGCUAUCGAUGUGGUUAUUAUAUGGGAAUUUGCCGAUGUAUGGGAAAAGCGACUUCUUUAUCCAAGAAGACUUUGAUAGCGAGGAAGACGAUACACAAUUCCGCAUGCAUAUGGACCUGCUUCCGAAAUUCGUUGCCGAGCAAACAGCGGGAUCGAUUCUCUUCAUUGGCAAGUCGCUGAACCACAUUCGUUCUAAACGGAAGACUUCCGCGGGUAUAUCAACUGCGCCAGUCACACUAUAUCAGGAGCACAUUGAGCAAUUGGCUGGAUUGAAAUCUCCUAUGUCAUCCUCGAAGUUGACAACGGCGGUAGACUGGAUUCGCCUUUCGUUGUCCCAGUCUACGUUAUCAACAUUGCUCCCAGUCCCAAAAAUUUUGGAGAUGCUUACAUUAUUGCACGACUUCAUGCUACUCGGCCGAGGAGAGUUUGCCGUUGCUCUUGUGGCGCAUGCAGACAAGCGCAUCGAUGAUAGUCGGAGACGUGCCGCGGCGGCUAGAGGAAUGGCUUUCGACGGUUUUCUUAUCAAAGAGGGCGAUGUUAUGACAUCUCUAGCGCACGCAUGGGCAGAGCUGUUCUCGUUACAAAACGAAGAGGACCCGGCAGAUGAGGAGUUAGAAUUGGCCCGCGAGCUGUUGCGGUUAUCAAUCAGCGAUCGAAAAAACAACCGUGCGAUGACUCCGUCCCAUGGCUCUAGCGCAGUGGCCCAGAUUUCACGAGUCUCAUUUGAAGACUUGUUAUUCCCAACACCUACAUACUUGACUGCACAAGUCCGCGCACCGCUUGAUCUCUUUCUUUCCAGUUCUGAUAUUUCUACCUAUUCUAAGAUCCACUCUUAUUUACUUGGCAUUCGCCGGGCACAAAUGCGACUUGGGGAUUUGUGGAAACGAACUUCAUUACGAAGAAACCAUCCUACUCCCUGGGGACCACCACGUAGCAACAAGCCCUUCGGUCAGAGCAGGCUAAAAGCGAGCCGGGAGAGAGACAAUGAACGCACUAGACAGAUGCGGCCCAUAUGGGCUACUGCGAGCGCCUGUCUCUUUGUCCUAUCGGAAGUUGGUGGUUUCUUCCAGGGAGAAGUUGUCCACGAGUCUUGGCAACAUCUCCGCGAAUGGAUUCAAGGAAGUCCAUCGUCCAGGACAACACCAUUCUCUAGCUCUCGACCAGGGACAGCGACUUCUGCAAAGUCUCAAAGACAAUCUCGGAUCCCCUCACCCGACCGCAUGUCAAGCCGACCGACUUCCCAGGCGGGGCCGACUAUUGGGCGCAACGAUCCCGAGGCAUUGACCACUGCCCAUCGUCGCCACCUGUCUGUGCUGGUUCAGUCUUUAUUCUUGACGGACGUUCCUUUCACUAGCGCAUUGCGAGCGCUGCUCACAAGCGUAGAUCGUUUUGUCGCUUUAGUGAUACGAUUGGAGACGAUCCAACGCAAUAUGGAUUUAGAGACCGAUGAAGGAGUGGUAGAUGCACUAGUCGACUAUGCUCACGAAGAAAGAGAAAUAUGGCAUCAACUGCGAGACACGCAUGACGAUGUGAAGAGCGGCAUGCACGACCUCGUUGCAAGCUUGCGUGAUAUCGAUGACCACCGCUCUGGAGAGGGGCUAGGUCUUACAACAAAGCCUGUCUACGGUCUCGGUGGGCGGGCAAAUCAGCCACAUUCAGGUACAGGCCCCGGGGGCCACUAUGUACCGCGUCAACCAGCUGGAGUGGACCGACUUUUGAUGAAGCUGGACUUUGGGAGUCUACGCAGUGUUGGCGGCGUACCAGAGUAG